UUUCAUCCCCCCCUCAAUAAUUUCCGGUUCGAGUGUUUGAUAUGAAUCCCCCCAUCCGUCUCUUUCCUUGUUUGCGAUCCGUUUUUAUUUUCUUUCUUGUUAUUCUCCUUCUUCUUCUGAUUAUCAUUUGGUUAUUUAUAUAUAGCUAGAGAGGUGGCAUAUAUUAGCCCAGACGCACAUGAAUAUUGAAACGACAUCGUACACAUUCUAAGUUGGUACCGCCGAAUCAGAGAAUUGUUACGGUCCGGAGGAGGUUGGGGUGGGGGGGCUUCGGUUCUGUUUCUGUUCUGUGCCUGCAAAUCGCAGCUACCUAGCGAGCACCACAACCCCUCUCUCCCUUAAUUAAUUAGUUGGAUUUGAAGAAGGUGCUUAGCAAGUGCUCCAAAGCGUCCGUCCGCCUGGAUUAGCAGCGGCAGCAUGUCUUCAAACUCAGCAGCGCGGCAGCAGCGAGCGGAUGGAGGAGUGGGUGAAGAUCAGCAACAACAAUCAGCGUGAGCGUGAGCCUGAUCAAGGGGUGGCAGCGGCGGCGGCGGGCCGCAGGGAAGGAUCAGGUGCGCCACCACCACCACGGACGCACCGCCCACAACAUGUCGUCGUCGUCUCUGAGAAAGAAGUCGGAUCUGACCCUCGUGUCCAAGGUCCGGUGCGGGCUCCUCAGGAGCUUCCUGGCCAACCUGCAGGAGAUCUUCCUCGGCACCAAGCUCUUCAUCCUCUUCCCCGCCGUCCCCCUCGCAGUCGUUGCUCACUCCUUCAACUUUGGACGCUCUUGGAUAUUUGCGUUGAGCUUGCUGGGCCUCACUCCUUUAGCGGAACGCCUCAGCUUUCUCACCGAGCAGAUUGCGUACUAUACUGGGCCUACAGUUGGUGGGCUUCUCAAUGCGACGUGCGGUAAUGCUACAGAGCUUAUCAUAGCUUUGUUUGCCCUACACCGGGGCAAAAUAGACGUCGUCAAGUGCUCCCUGAUUGGUUCCAUCCUUUCCAAUCUCUUACUUGUUCUUGGUACCUCGCUUUUCUGUGGCGGGCUUGCCAAUAUCCGAAAGGAGCAAUUAUAUGACAGAAAGCAAGCAGAUGUUAAUUCCAGCCUUUUGCUCUUAGGGGCAUUGUGCCAUAUGUUACCUUUGAUGUUCAAGUAUGCUCUAAACUCCAGCGAGCAUGAGGUAGUUGCCCUCCCAACGUUGCAACUAUCAAGAGUGUGCAGCAUCGUCAUGCUCCUGGCAUACGUUGCUUAUCUUUUCUUCCAACUCAAGACUCAUCGCCAACUUUUUGAAGCGCAAGAGGAAGAUGAUGAUCAAGAUGACGGCGUUUCUGAAGAUGAGCCCGUCAUGGGAUUUCCGAGUGCAAUGGCUUGGUUGGUGGGCAUGACAUUUGUAAUUGCAGUGUUAUCUGAGUAUGUUGUUGGUACCAUUGAGGCUGCAUCGGAAUCUUGGGGCCUAUCUGUGAGCUUUGUAAGUAUUAUUUUACUGCCGAUUGUUGGAAAUGCUGCCGAACAUGCAGGUGCCGUCAUAUUUGCAUUCAAGAACAAGUUGGAUAUUACUUUGGGCGUCUCAUUGGGGUCGGCAACUCAAAUAUCUAUGUUUGUGGUCCCAUUGAGUGUGAUUGUGGCAUGGAUAAUCGGAAUUGAAAUGGAUCUUGAUUUCAAAUUACUUGAGACUGGCGCACUCGUUGUUGCGAUUAUUGUUACAUCUUUUACUUUGCAGGACGGGACUUCACACUACCUGAAGGGUUUUGUUCUGCUGCUUUGCUACGUUGUUAUUGGUGCAUGCUUUUUUGUACUUAAAACACCACCUAACGAGACCAAUGGCAUUAAUGUGAAUGUCCUGCCAACAAUUUCGGGGGCUGUGGCGGCUUAUUAGAUUGGAGAUAGCUUGCAGGUUUGGUCUAAUCAAGAAAUAUGCUGAUUGGACGAGCACUGUUAAUCCUUUGCUCAUUCUUCCAUUCCCUUCGUUUCUUAUAAAUGGGAGUUUUAUAAAUGUUUUGGCGAUGUUCUAUCCAUUUUGAGAUGGACUUCAGUGCAAAAAACACUCCUAUGCUCGGAUAUUGUUGACAAAAACAGAGAACUUUCAAUGAAUAUUAUUUUGUGAUGUCUUUGUAAAUAUCUUCUGCAACGUUUUUUUCCCUUCUCAUUUUUUCUA